UUGACGUUCGCCUCGUGCUCCGGUUCGCUCCGCGUUUCCGCCAAACUCCACAGCUUUAUGACAUUUUAAGAUCUCAAAUCUUUUGUAUAAACUGUCCGUAAUCUCUGUGCUUCACCCGUGCUGUUGUCUCCUGUUAAAGAUGCGUUUUAAGUUUGCGCUUUUGUCGUGAACAUUGCCGGAAGCUAAACUGAAAGCUCAAGUCCCGUGGCUCGUGCGCAGAGGUGAAACAAAGCUGCAGGAUGAGGCCGUUUCUCCGAUUUAAAACCACACAUUUGGUCCGAAAAGUCUUCAGUCCAUCUGCAGCAGUGCGAUGGCCCCGCCCCCUGUGCACCUGUUCACCUGCGGAGGACAGGCCCCGCCCCUCGAUGCUCAAACACCUGACGUCAAAGAUCAAGUCGACGGGUCCCAUCUCUGUGGCCGAGUACAUGAGGGAGGUGCUCACCAACCCCGUCACUGGUUAUUAUGUGAGGAACAACAUGUUGGGAGCAGAGGGAGACUUCAUCACGUCUCCAGAGAUCAGCCAGAUGUUUGGAGAGUUGGUCGGCGUGUGGAUCGUCAGUGAGUGGAUGGCCGGGGGGCGUCCGGAGCAGCUGCAGGUCGUGGAGUUGGGUCCAGGAAAAGGUUCACUCAUCACAGACGUCCUCAGGGUCCUGCGUCAGCUCAGGUCGGUGAUGGGCGGAGCCUCGGUCUCCGUUCACCUGGUGGAGGUGAGUCCCGUUCUGAGCGCGCUCCAGGCCGAGGCGCUGACGGGAGAACGGAGUCACGUGACCGAGGCCGAGGGGGAGGAGCCCGCGUAUCGCCACGGAAACACCCCCGACGGGAUCCGGGUGUCGUGGUACAGACGCAUCCAGGACGUCCCCCCAGGGUUCAGUGUUCAUGUGGCUCAGGAGUUCUUCGACGCUCUGCCCAUUCAUAAAUUCCAGAAAACUCCCCGAGGCUGGAGGGAAAUCCUGGUGGACAUCGACCCCGAGAAAAACCAUCAACUGAGGUUUGUCCUGUCGCCAAACGCCACACCUGGUUCAGUCCUGGUCUUGGUCUUUCUUCAGCCCGGGGAGCGUCGUGAGCAGGUGGAGGUGUGUCCUGAAGGGGGCGUGGUCAUGCAGCACCUGUCGAAGAGGAUCUGUGAGACGGGAGGCGCCGCUCUGAUCUCGGACUACGGCCACGACGGGACCAAGAGCGACACCUUCAGAGGGUUCAAAGGUCACCGGCUCCACGACGUCCUGGCGUCUCCAGGCUCGGCCGACCUCACCGCAGACGUGGACUUCAGUUACCUGCGCAGGUGUGCGGGGGGCGUGGCCUGUGUAGGACCUGUCAAUCAAAACACCUUCCUCCGAAACAUGGGCAUCGACGCAAGACUCCAGGUCCUGUUGAGGUCUUGUCCGGACUCGGCCUCUCGCUCGGAGCUGCUUCGGUCUUUUCACGUCCUCAUGGAUCCGGGACAGAUGGGACACAGGUUCCAGUUCUUCGGAGUCCUGCCCCUGAGCCGAGUCCAGAGACCGAGACCCCAGACCGGACUGAACCUGACCAAGACCCGGAGUCCAGCUCCGCUCCCCGUGGCCGGAUUCACCCGACUCGAGUUCUCCUGAAGAACGUCGGAGCGGAAAUCACCCGGGAACUCAGAGGAACUUAACCUUUUAUGGAACUGAGUUAGUGACUGUGUUUUUCAAAUCUGAGUCGUUCGUUCAUUUGUGUGACGGGGUUCUAUCUUACUGUAAUAACGAUGGCGUAGUCAGAAGGAUGUUUUUUGAGUGUUUAAUUAGUGUUCCCAAAUAAAGAAAGUUUGAAGAGUGCUAUACAACAAAAAGUGAAACAAUAAAGAAAAAGUAUUUACAAUAUAUACAAACACACCAGCAAAAGUCUGCUUAAAUCUCUGGUAUAUUACCUUCCUCUUCCAGGUCCAGGUUGGAACUGACUGAGGGAGGGAGAGUGGCUCUUUUAUCCCCCAUGACUCCUCCCCCAAGCCAAUUAACAAAGAAAUGUGGGUUUUCACCCUUAAAACCCAAAUUACUGAUAACAACAAAAUUAUGUAAAACCCAGAAAAAUACAGUAAAUUAAAUGGCCAUAUCUCUGCGCCUGUAGCAGCAAUAGGAAAUGAGCAAUAAAUAUUUUAUUAUUAACUGUGGUUUUUUUUUAGUGAUGACGUCGCAGUGACGUCACAUGCGAAGAUCCCGCGCACGAAACCGGAAAAAGGAAGUGUCAGAUCAGUGCUCUGUUUGCCAGUGGGCGUGAGGACAGGGGAUGGAUAAUGCGGAAAGGUAGAUGGAAGACGAAGGUUAUGGAGGUGAAGGAUUUGGCAGCGGACUUGUGUGCACCCAAGGUACUGCGGUGGUGAGCGGACGGAAAAUAUGUAGCGGGGACCAGAGUGGACAGACGAGGAGUGAGCAACAGAGCGGGAACGGUGCGGAAUGAAUAAUCAAAAUAAAACCAACAAUAAGAAAAUGAAAAAAACAAAUAUUUUCUUCAUUAUUUGUCUCCAAAACCAAAAAGAAAAACAGAUAAUGAUUUGUUUUUUUUCAGUUUUUAAUUUUGUGUUUAAAUGAAAAAUGAAAAAAAAAAAGGAUAACGGACUGAACCAGGACUAAAACUGGACUAAAACUGGACUGAACCAGGACUGAACCAGGACUGAACCAGGACUAAACCAGGACUAAACCAGGACUAGACCAGGACUAGACCAGAACUGAACCAGGACUAAAACUGGACUAGACCAGAACUGAACCAGGACUAAAACUGGACUGAACCAGGACCAAACCAGGACCAAACCAGGAUUAAACCAGGACUAACUGUUUUCAGUCCCAGUCUGGUCCUGUCUGGUUCGGUCUCAAUCACAAUUUGGUUCCAGUCUGGUCCCGGAUCUGGUUUAGUCCUGGUUCAGUCCGACACUGCAGUUAAAGUUUUUUAAAUUUUUCAUUUAAACAAAAAAUCGAAAACUGAAAAAACUCAUCUUUAUCAAGAAAAUAGUCGUUUUUUAAUUUUCUUAAUUUUUGGUUUUAUUUUGAAAAACGUAUGAACGAACGACACACGGGUCAGAAAGACCCAAAUAACUGUAACUGAAGUGAGUCUGAGUCUGACGACAGAAGAGUUUGCGUCGCUGUUUCCCUCUGGAGGUCGAGUUGUUCAGAAGCGACACGAGGAUCAAGAACUCAAGUCAUUUAGUGAUUUGGAGGGAAACAGUUUGUUUAAACUUGUUCUGUUGUUUAUAUUUAUUUGAAGAAAUGUGAAAUAUGUGACGUUCUGUUUCAACAGGAAACGUCUGCUCCUCGUCUCUGAUUUUAUAAAAUAAAUUUCACCCCAAAAAAUG